ACUAUUUAUUUUCAAUAGGUACUGCAACCACACAGAGUACUCAGUCAGGCGUUGUACUAACUUAACGAUAGAGGCCAUAUCGUAUACGAGGGGGAGGAGGAGUUUGUGAGUUUGAUAAUAUUAAUUCAGAAAAAUGAAAGUUUUUUUAAAAAGUGUCAAGAUCCUACUUCUAAUGAUAACGUGCGGUUUGCUCGGCUCCGCAUACAGUGUUUCUCUUUUUGGUGUCGAUUUAACAGCACCAGUAAAAAUUGUGAAAACUGGAAUCGGACAAAUAACGAAACCACUACAUCCACCUUCAACACUACAACCUACACUACAAUCUUCAACGACUAAUAAGUUAACUCGGGAAAACAACUCUACCCGCAAGCCAAUCAAAGAUGACCAUAGUCCUAGUGACACUCAGAAAGUUCCCAGACCCGUAGAAUCUAGUCAGAACAAUGGGUCAAAACUGGAGUUCGUUGUUGACACACUUGGUUGGUCGGAAACUGGCGUUGAUUACACUACUGAGACAGAUACUGAGACAACAACUGAUAUAAACAGCAUCGGAGGUCCCCCGCCUGCGGUCCUAGCCUCGCUUCUUGGCAGUGGUUGAAACAUGCGUACAGUCAAGGCCAUAAAUAUAUGUACACUU